UCCAGAGCCAACUAAAACUUAUGUGUAUGUGUGGCUCUCUCUGUAUCACCCUUUCCUCUCUGACAUUCCAAUGCAGUUGAGGGAUUGAGUGCCUGGAUACAGACACAGGAGGCAACACACUGCGAGGGAGUGAAAGGGAAAUCUCUUCUCUGGGCUGUAGACUAAAAAGUGUUUGGAUAUUGUCCACCAGCUCGAACUUUGAGCACAGUCUAAUUGUGCCUUUAUUUUUUCUGACUUCUUGAUUUCUCUAGCUGAACAUUUCAUCAAUAAAGAGCAUCAGAAAUAUUACAAAGCAUUUUCUCUAGCUGUGGAUUUAAACACAAGUGAUUGGGCACAAAGAUCAGAGAACUGGUUCAUCAAUCGCAGGGAAAGGAUAUAGACAGGUACCAUAAGAAUCCAGGAACUAAGCAGAUAAGAACAUGUUGGAGAAGAAAUAAAAAAGCUGUGAUAGCCCUGACUCCUCCAUGAUGGCAGAACUGCAGCCCAGCACUAACAGUCUCCAGGUUCCAGAUGAGGACAGUUGCAGGUCUACAUCUCCAAGCAGCUCCCCCUCUCCCUCCAGGAAUGACUGCAGUAUCGCUCCUCUCACUCCCUCACCCUCUCCGAGGACUGAGCUGAGGCCAUGUGUAGCACGUCCAUUUUCUGUAGUGGUGGCUAUUGAUUUUGGCACCACCUCCAGUGGCUAUGCCUUCAGUUUCACAGAGGACCCAGAGGUCAUCCAUAUGAUGAGGCGAUGGGAGGGUGGCGAUCCAGGUGUGGCCAAUCAGAAGAGCCCGACAUGUUUGCUGCUGACCCCUGAACUGCGCUUCCACAGUUUUGGCUUUGCAGCACGAGACAGCUAUCAUGACUUGGAUCCUGAGGAAGCUAGACACUGGCUCUACUUUGAUAAGUUCAAAAUGAAGAUCCAUAGCACCAGUGACCUCACCAUGGUGACAGAGUUGGAGUCAGUGAGUGGAAGAAGAGUUCGGGCCAUUGAGGUUUUUGCACAUGCUUUAAGAUUCUUCCGGGAGCAUGCCUUAAAGGAGGUGAAGGACCAGUGUUCAUCUGUACUGGAAAGUGAUGAAGUGCGAUGGGUCAUCACUGUUCCUGCUGUGUGGAGACAACCAGCCAAGCAGUUCAUGAGAGAGGCUGCUUACCUGGCCGGCCUUGUGGCUAGAGACUCCGUUGAGCAGCUACUCAUUGCUCUUGAACCUGAAGCCGCUUCAAUCUAUUGUAGAAAGCUCCGCCUCCACCAGGUCAUUGACCUCAGCCAGAGACCAAUGACAAAUGGCUUGGAUGUGGAUGGAUCCCACCCCUUUGACUCUAGUUUUAGGCAAGCACGUGAACAGCUUCGCAGGGCCAGACACAGCCGAACGUUCCUCGUGGAGAGUGGAACUGGGGAACUGUGGUCUGAGAUGCAGACGGGUGAUAAGUACAUAGUGGCAGACUGUGGAGGCGGGACGGUGGAUCUUACAGUACAUCAGAUUGAACAGCCUCAGGGAACACUGAAGGAGUUGUACAAAGCAUCAGGAGGUCCCUAUGGUGCGGUAGGCGUAGACCUGGCUUUUGAGGCCAUGCUGUGUAAGAUAUUCGGCACAGACUUUAUUGAAACAUUUAAAGCCAAACGUCCGGCUGCCUGGGUGGACCUGACCAUCGCCUUUGAGGCCCGCAAACGCACAGCAGCCCCAAGCAGAACAAGUGCACUCAAUAUCUCACUGCCCUUUUCCUUCAUCGACUUCUACAAGAGACACUGUGGCCAGAGCGUGGAGACAGCACUACGCAAGAGCAAUAUAAACAUAGUAAAAUGGUCUUCUCAAGGGAUGCUAAGGCUUACAGCAGAUGCUACAAAUGAGCUUUUCCAGCCCACCAUCAGCAAGCUCAUCAAACACAUUGAGGAGCUGAUGGAGAAGGAAGAAGUUAAGAACGUGCGCUUUCUGUUCUUGGUGGGUGGCUUUGCUGAGUCUCCAAUGCUCCAGCGUGCAGUCCAGAAUGCACUGGGCCAUCGCUGCCGCAUCAUUAUCCCUCAAGAUGUGGGUCUUACCAUCCUUAAGGGGGCAGUGCUUUUUGGGUUAGACCCCACAGUGGUACGAGUCCGCCGCUGCCCUUUAACAUAUGGUGUUGGUGUCCUAAAUCGCUUUAUUGAGGGUCGUCAUCCACAUGAGAAACUUCUCAUAAAAGAUGGCCGGCAGUGGUGCACAGACAUCCUGGAUCGCUUUGUUUCUACUGACCAGUCAGUGGCCUUGGGAGAGGUUGUCAGGCGGAGCUACACUCCAGCCAGAGUGGGCCAAAGGAAGAUUAUAAUAAAUAUUUACUGUUGCACUAGUGAUGAUGUAGUGUACAUUACAGAUGCUGGAGUUAGGAAGUGUGGCACCAUAACACUGGAUCUGCCUGAGGGGGACACAGGUGCCAUCAGCAAAGGAACAAAUGGAGCAGCACUUGAGCGCAGGGAGAUACAAGCCACCAUGCAGUUUGGAGACACUGAAAUUAAAGUGACUGCUAUUGACAUGGCCACAGGGAGACAGGUUAAGUCUGCUAUUGACUUCCUGUCUAACUAACCAAAAAUCAUCAUUGUUUUAAAGGCCAGAUAAUAAAGUAUAUAAACAACUCAAAAGACUAAUUCAGAAUCCAUUUAUCUGGAUACUGAAAUAUUUUGGCACAUUUUCUGUUUCUCAAGCUGUUUCAUUAUAAGAAACCACUUAAAAACUUUAUUUUUGUAUCUA